AGGACUGCAACAUUUAUACAGCUUGGCUUAUACAUCACUGUACAUAUCUCAUUACAUUAUUAUAUAUUUUUAUUUUUUCAUAUAUAUAUAUAUAUAUAAAAGAAGAUUGCAAAGAAUAUCUUUUCCUUCAAACUUUUACUGGACAAAAAAACAUGGGCUAUUUUGGAUAUGUCCUCUUCUUUUGUGGGCUGAAUCAGGUCCUGUCAACUUACCCAAUUUGGUGGUUCGACUCACCUCGGGAUCGGGGGAGGAAGAGACAUCACGACUUGAACAUCUCAGAACAUAAGGUUGUUGAGCGCAUAGGACUCCAUGGAAAAAAGUCAUUAGCAAUUAGUCAUCAAUAUUCUUCUUUGGGAACACAGCCAAACCUAUGUGGCAGCAUUCCGGGUCUGGUGAUAAAGCAGCUACGUUUCUGUAGGAAUUACCUGGAAAUCAUGCCUAGUGUGGCUGAGGGAGUCAAAAUUGGAAUUCAAGAGUGCCAGCACCAAUUCCGAGGAAGACGGUGGAAUUGCACCACUGUCAAUGACAACCUGGCUAUUUUUGGACCCGUGUUAGACAAAGCUACAAGAGAGUCAGCCUUUGUCCACGCUGUAGCCUCAGCUGGAGUAGCAUUUGCCGUGACCAGAGCAUGUGCUGAGGGAUCUGCCACCAUCUGCGGCUGUGACAAUCGUCACAAAGGACCCCCAGGAGAAGGCUGGAAAUGGGGAGGCUGCAGUGAAGAUGUAGAGUUUGGUAGUAUGGUAUCUCGAGAAUUUGCAGACGCCCGGGAGAACAGACCAGAUGCUCGAUCAGCGAUGAACAGGCACAACAAUGAGGCCGGGAGAACAUCUGUCCUCGAUCACUUACAUCUGAAGUGCAAAUGUCAUGGACUGUCUGGUAGCUGUGAAGUCAAAACAUGCUGGUGGUCACAACCAGACUUCAGGGUGAUCGGUGAUUACCUCAAGGAUAAAUAUGAUAGUGCUUCUGAGAUGGUCGUAGAGAAGCACAAAGAAUCUCGUGGGUGGGUUGAAACCCUGAGACCCAAAUACACAUUCUUUAAGCCGCCUACUGAAAGAGAUCUGGUUUAUUAUGAUAGUUCACCCAACUUUUGUGAGCCAAAUCCUGAAACAGGAUCGUUUGGAACCCGUGAUAGGAUAUGCAAUGUAACAUCUCACGGAAUAGAUGGGUGUGAUCUUUUAUGCUGUGGAAGAGGACAUAAUACAAGGACUGAAAAAAGAAAAGAAAAAUGUCACUGCAUUUUCCACUGGUGUUGUUAUGUCAGCUGUCAGGAAUGCAUAAGGGUAUAUGAUGUACAUACAUGCAAAUAACUAUCUAUUUCUAUGCCAGACUCUUAUCCAAGCCACAGAUUUAUGUUUGGUGGCCCAGGCUCAAAAAGUCUUUGACAUAACAAGACUGUGACUCAUUCAAUAGCAUAGAUCUAAUAGCUUCUUGGAAACAGCAAGAUGUCCAAGGAAAGUAUCACUACUUAAUUGGAAUAAAAAUGUAAAAAGAUUGCACCCUGAUCUACACAUUAGAAUAAUUUUUCUUGCAAUAGUUAUAAGUGUGUGACGGUGUAAAGGGAAUACAGGAAUCCCAAAGUUCAGCAAUCACUACCGCAUUACGUAAUACCAAUAAGUGGCGGAAAAAUAUUUAAAGAAUAACAUACACAUCUUGGUUACAUUCCAAAUAUAAAGGAAAGCAUGACAUAACUGAACAAUUUAUAGAGCUUCCAAAAUCACGGCUGGUACAUUCAAAUAUAACUGAGCUGUGCAGCAAAACAACAACAAAAAAAUGUAUGAUCUUUGUGUAUUCCUGGAAAUUAAUCCCAGCAGUCAGAAGACAGAAUAAAAAAGCUCAAACUCUUCCAAAAAAACUGCCAUUUUGGUAUUCAUUGUCAGAUUUCAUAAAACAGUAGGACUUUUAAUAAUAUGUUCCAGUCAAUGAAAACCGAUAGUAAAAAUGACUAGACGACUGAUUCAUGGACCAGUAUUGGCAUUUUCUAUAAAUGACAAAUUUCAUUAAAAACAAGGAAAAUCGCCCGCAAAUGCCCAUCAUCUGCAUUGAAGACUCCUGCUAAUCCCCAGGAUAUAAAAAAAAGAAUGAUUGUCAACAACCAUAGUAAAAUCCAAUAGCUUGGAUAGGCACAAGUCAUAUAGUGUUUGAAAGGAUUUAAGUUGGAAUCUGCACUUAAUCACCCACUCCUUGUUAAAUAAGAAAGACAUUUGUGAUGGGACAGACCAUAAAAUAAAACGUAAUGCAUAUUAGUACACUGGAGGUUGUGUUACAAAAUUUUGCAGCCAAUAUGAAUUUUCAUGUGUGUUUUAUACUUAUGUUUGGCUAUUCUCAAUAGAAUCUAUUUUGAGAGCAUCAACCAUAACUACAUGUUGUGUUAUUUCAUGUAGGACAAGGCUCUGUGAGACUUUUUUUGUAUCAUCACUCAACAUUGGCAAUCUGCAUAUUAUCCCCAAAUUCCUUGGUAUAUCAUAUGCUUAAAGAGACAGUAAAGUAAAUAUUAAACUUUCAUAAUUCAGAUAGAACAUGUCAUUUUAAACAACACAUUCAUUUCUAUUAUCAAAUCUGAAUCAUGAAAAUUUAAUUUUGACUUGACAGUCCCUUUAACAUUGUGACACAUGCUUAAAUUAUAUGGAGGUUACACUGGAUCUGAAUGCAGAAAGCACUACUCAAAAUGGAUUCUACAUACUUUUUAUAUGCUGCUAUCCAACUUUUAACUCUACAAAUAUAAUUGUUUUCUUUCUAUGAAAGAAAUUGUUUAGAUGCUAGAUUUUUAAGAAAAAUAUGAUGUGAAGUUUUAUACUAAUUCAUCUUCUGAUAUUUACUUACAGUCCAUAUGCAGGUCUUAAAAUAUAUUGGUAAACAGGGAGUGUAUUGGUUUUAAAAUAAGCAAUAAAAAGCUCUACAGAAACAAAACUCUUUGGAACGCAAGAUGAAUAAAGUAAAAUUUAUUGAAAUACAAACAGUAAACGUGGUCCAUUGGUCAUAAUCCACACAAUUAUAGGUCUUCAUUCCCAAGACCAUGUCAUCACCAGCACUGUUUAAUUAUUACUGUCAAUUUGAAAACAACAGGGAAAAUUAUAAUUGGCAUAAAAAAAUCUUGUGCCAAGAACUAAAUUCACAAGCUGCAGAGACUUUUUCAACCAAUGUGAUUCAAACAGUUUAUUAUACUUUUUAACAGAAAGUCGAUUAUUAAAGGGAGAGUGUACACUUUAGUCAUCCUAAUGUUUUACCUUAGAUUACACUGCAAAUAGCCUCCGGCAGCCUUUCUAUAUCAUGCAGCAGUACAAGUAAAAAAGUCAUUUUAAAAUGAAUAUUUUUUUUGUCUCUAUGAAAUGGCUGCCAAGCUCCACCCACUGAUGAUAUCACAAUCUGGGCUGCAUUAAAGGCUCACUAGUUAAAAAAGACUCACUAAUUGGAUUCAACAGACUGUCAAUGCUAUUCAGCAGAGGGCAUAGAUGCAGCCAAGAUUGUGAUGUCAUCAGUGGGCGGAGUUUGGCAGCCAUUUCAAAGUAGCCAGAAACAAUAGUCAUUUUAAAAUAAUUUUUUUACUGUUACUGCUGCAUGAUAUAGAAAGGGUGCAGGAGAAUAUUUGCAGCUUAAUCUAAAUAAAGACGUUAAGAUGACCAAGGUGUAGACUGUCCCUUUAAACUUUCUAGCAGUUGGUGCUCUAGUAUCAGCUGAGUAAGCAAAACAGUCAAUUAGAAACGGGCAAAUGUUUUGGCACUAAUGUUGGCAGUUUUUGUUUGUACUAAAUUAAUGAUGACUGUUUGCUGAUUUUGCCAAAAAAAUGUUUAAUUUGAAACUUUCAUUCUCAUACAAUUCAAAGUAAAGCUAUGGGAAUCAUUAUUCAAAUAUAAUGUUCAAAUGUAUUAUUCUAUUAUUCGGUUGUCACAUGAAUGUUCGAAUAAUAAAUAUUGUACUAACGAAACAUUCAAAAGGGAACAUUCAUUCUAUUAUUCAAAUAUAAAAACAUAGACAUUCACCCAUUGCAACUAAUAAAUAAAUAAAAUAAAUAAUGGACUGAUGAUCAAAAACUCACCGGCAAGAAGAGAAAUCACAUGAAACAUUUUUAGACCUUUUAUUAUAAUGUAGGGGUCUCUAAUUUACUUCAAGAACCAUUUAUAGUGAGAUAAAUAGUUCUCAAGCUAAAAUUUACAUUUCAAAAAUUAUUUGAGGGACCUUCUCAAAUUGUUUCUUUCAUGAUUCAGAUAGAGCAUGCAAUUUUAAGCAACUUUCUAAUUUACUCCUAUUAUCAAUUUUUCUUCAUUCUCUUGCUAUCUUUAUUUGAAAAAGAAGGCAUCUAAGCUGAAUUUAUCCACCAAUCAGCAAGAACAACCCUGGUUGUUCACCAAAAAUGGGCCGGCUUCUAAACUUAAAUUUCUGCUUUUCAAAUAAAGAUACCAAGAGAAUGAAUACAAUUUAAUAAUAGGAGUAAAUUAGAAAGUUGCUUAGAAUUGCAAGCUCUAUCUGAAUCACAAAAGAAAAAAUUUGGGUUCAGUGUCCCUUUAAUGACGAGAUUACUUAGACGAUCUCGCCACAGUGGAGAGCUUUAGAUCAUUGGACCCUUAUUGAGAUGAGUAUGCCAUGGACUAUGUGACCACUGGAGACCUUCACAUAGGUUUGUAUAUGGAAACCUGUCAACAAAUCCUAUUAUAGUUCUCAUUGCUGUUUAUUUCUACUUUCAAUUAUCUCUCAAGACCAAUUCUUGUAACCUAACUUUCCCUGUCGUCCCUCGUACAAAAUGCACGUAAUGUAUAAUAUUAAAUUCCAAAGCUAUGUAUAAAGUAGGAUGUCACCUUUUUUUUUGUAUUUCUUACGUUCAAUGAUUUUUUUAUGAUUAUUUAUUUUAUGAAUAAAUGUAUAUAUUAGUGAGAGUAUAUAUUUUCAGAAAUAACUUGAUGGGACAGUGUUUUUGUUGAUCUGCUACUGUUGUCGAGACCACAAGUCUUACUCUGGUUUCUAUUGACAGCACAUUAGUUAUGGCUAUAUGUUUAUAACUGUUUCGUACCUGUAAGAUGCUAGCUGUGUUAAUGCUAUAAUGAUAAUUAAAAUAUGUAUUAAUUUUA